AUGAGCAAACUGAAAUCAGCGGUUACAGUAUUUUUGAACCUACUGGUGAUCAUCUCCAUCUCUCAAUUGAAGCAGCUCCACACUCCAACCAACCUGCUCAUCCUCUCUCUGGCUGUGUCAGAUCUCCUCGUGGGACUUUUUGUGAUUCCAUCCAUGACUGCAGCAAUAAUGGAUGGCAAUUCAUUAUCAACUUUCAUAUGCUUUCUGCCACUUAUUAAUUCCUUUAUUAAUCCAAUCAUUUAUGCUUUCUUCUAUCCAUGGUUCAAAGUUACAGCUAAACAUAUUUUAACUAUGAAGUUGUGGCAUUUGUAG